GAACGGCAUCAUGGACGCUAUCAAUGGCGAUGGCCAGUCGAUCGCAGGACCUUUGUUGAUUCGGAUCAUUCAGACGCGAGUUGGUGACGAAUGUGCAUCUACAUACCAGGUCCAAGUGCAGUCAAACUAAUUUCCGUGUACAUGUGAUACCUUUUCAUCCUCGCCAAGUGUUGUCGCAGCUUAGCUCAAACUUGUAGUUGAGGAGAGUAGUUUAUGUUUAACCCAACAGUCGAACCAUGACUCUCUUCUCAUAAACGUCAGAGUCUUUUACGUGUUGUGUGUGUGCGUGCGUGUAUGUAUGUGUGUGUGUCGUUUCGCCAAAUAAAAAGAAGAGAGAAGUUGACCAAAAGAAAAAAAAAACGACAUGAUGGGCUGGCGUUUACCAAGUUUACGAUGGUUGAACCGUCCAAGUUAUUCUUCCCUGCGGCCUCGUGUUUAUUGGAUUGCCAUCCUCGUCGUCCUUGUCUGUUGCCAAGACAUUGGAUAUUGCUCCAGCCAAGCAGCAGCUGGCGAUGAGGAUCUGGUGUUUACGGCCGAACCGCAGGACGCGGUCGUGAGUAAAAAUUCCUCGGUUGUCAUCGACUGCGGUGUUCCAGCUGGCUGGCUUCGCGACAUGGAGGAGGCCGGCCCGGCCCCGUUCAUCGAAUGGAAACGAGACGGGGUCCUUCUCAGUCUCAACGGAGAAAACAGGAGAUCGGUGCUGGCCAACGGCUCCUUGUCUUUCACCAGCGUCCAGCACAGUCGUAAUGAGCGACCGGACGAGGGACUCUAUCAAUGCUCGGCCACCAGACCGUCGGUGGGCACCAUCAUCAGCCGGGCAGCCAAAUUGCAAAUCGCUUCGUUGCCCAGAUUUGAACUGGAGCCCAAAGACGUGGCCGUCCGUGUCGGCGACACGGCCCGUUUCAACUGUUUGGUCAUGGCGACGCCAGCUGCUCACGUCCGUUGGUUGAAAGACGAUCUACCCCUAAAUUUAGAUCCGGCUAGGAUGAUUGUGCUGCCUUCAGGAGCCUUGGAACUGGAACAAGUCCAACUUUCUGAUCAGGGCUAUUACCGGUGCAAUGUGUCCAACGUGGACAAGCACCGCAUCAGCGCCGAAGCCAAACUCAAUGUCCACUCUGAGCUGGAAGAGGGCGGCAAGCCGGAAGCGCCCAACUUCCUGGCCGUUCCCAGGACCACGGUGGCCAUCGAAGGCACUCGGGUCACGCUGGAAUGCGCGGCCAACGGUCAUCCUCGCCCGGAUAUCACCUGGCUCAAAGACGGAACCACCAUCGAUUUAGAUCAUUUGGGCAGCCGAUUCAAGAGCGUGGGCUCUGGCAGUUUGCAGAUUGAUGCCGUGACGGAGGAGGAUGUGGGCGUGUACCAGUGCCGGGCGGAGAACACGGAAGACUCGGUCGACGUGACGGCCCAGCUGGAAGUUCAAGUGCCUCCGCGCUACAUCACCCGCCCGCGCAGCACAACCUCCCACGAAAAGGAUGACGCCGAACUCGAGUGCCAACUUUACGGACGGCCAGAACCCACCGUCCAGUGGACCAAAAAUGGAGAACUAAUCAUCGAAAGCGAAUAUUUCCAGAUUAUCAACGGAAAUAAUUUGAAGAUUUUAGGUCUGGUGGCCUCCGACUUUGGUAUCUACCAAUGCAUCGGCUCCAACCCGGCCGGCAACGUCCAGGCCGCCGCCAGUUUGACCAUCUAUUCAUCAGAUUACGACAACGGCACGUCGGCUAACCCUGGCAUGGAUUUGACGACGGCUACAUCUCCUACUGCCGACUCAGGGACACGCGAGGCAGCCGCUGCUGUGCCGCCACCACCCGACCAGACGUCCGAGUCCAGCCAACCGGACGGUUCGAUCACGCCCGACGGUAAUAACGACGGGUCGACGUCGUCACUGCCAUCGGCGCCCAGGGAUGUGGAAGCCCUGAUUGUGUCGUCUCGCUUCGUCACGCUCAGAUGGAAGGAGCCCGUCAGAACCAACGGACAAAUUAUUGGCUACUCCAUUUUCUACCGACAGGAAGGAUCGGAGCGGGAACGGGUGGUGAAUACGAGCCGAUCGAGAUUGGAAGAGGUCAACGUCCCUGGACUGCAGCCGGGCAAAAAGUAUUCACUGCGGGUGGCAGCUUUCAAUGAAGCCGGAGCCGGAGCCAGCACCAAUUCGCUGGAAGUGGAAACUCUGGUCGAGCCGCACGUCCUCCAAGCGCCGGCCAAUUUGAGCGUCCAGGCGGUGUCGUCCGUCAGUUUGAUGGCCAGCUGGGAGUCGCCGGAUCUGGCAGCCGCCGGUGGAGGAGCUUCUCACGGCGGACAACACUUGCCCAUUCGCAAUUACAAAUUAUUCUACAUGGAAGUGGGUUCGGCCGAGGAGCACGAAGUGGUGACGAGUCACACGAGCCACUUGAUUCACGGACUGAAACCCUACACGGAAUAUUCCGUCUGGGUCGUCGCCUUCAACGACAAUGGACCCGGGACCAGCACCGAAGAGGCCACCGCCAGGACCUGGUCCGAUCUGCCAUCCGACACGCCACAGAACGUCGUCGUCGAACCGGCCAGCUCUUCGAGCGUCAUUGUCCGCUGGGAGCCGCCGUCGUUGGAGAAUCAGAACGGCAUCAUCACCGGCUACAAGAUCCGUUACAAACCCAAAACUGGGCGUGGACGUUUGCCUUUGAAUCCCGGCUCGUCCAACGCCGGGUCGACGGCCACGACGGACGGCAGCCGACGGCUUUACACGCUGACUGGACUCGUGCGCGGGACCGAGUAUCAAGUUCGUGUCUCUGCCCUAACUGUCAACGGUUCCGGUCCCAUGACUGAAUGGAUGACUGCCGAAACUUUCGAAAACGACCUGGACGAGAGCCAAGUGCCGGAGCCGCCCAGCUCAUUGAGAGCUCGACCGAUGACGAAUUCGAUUAGCGUUUCGUGGAAUCCGCCCAGCAACCAGAACGUCAUGGUCCGCGGUUACACGAUCGGCUGGGGCAAGGGCAUUCCGGACGUUUAUUCGAAACUGGUGGACGGCAAGCAGCGGGCGUUCGUCAUUGAGAAACUGGAAGCCAAUUCAGAGUACGUCAUCAGUUUGAGGGCUUACAAUCAAAUGGGAGACGGGCGGCCCAUCUACGAGACGGUGCGGACGCGCGAGGAGUCGACCCCCGAGCCGCCCAGUCCCCUCAUUCCGCCCGUCGGAUUGAAAGCCAUUGUGUUGUCGUCGACCACCGUCGUCCUCUACUGGACGGACACCACCUUGCCUCGCAGUCAGACUGUCGCCGACUCGCGGUACUACGUCGUGAGGUACACUUCGAGCCACACGUCGAGCAAUCCGCGCUACCGUUACAUGAACUCGACAGUGCUCAAUUGCAUGCUGGACGAUUUGAAACCCAACACUCAAUUCGAAUUCGCCGUUAAAGUCAUCAAGAAUCGUAGAGAAAGUCCCUGGAGUCUGGUGGUUCCAAACACAACAUUCGAAGCGGCUCCUUCAUCGCCGCCACGCGAUCUGACGGUCGUUCCGGUCGAGGAGAAUCCGUCGGCCAUUAACUUGAACUGGCAGCCGCCCAAGCAACCCAACGGUCAAAUUACCGGUUACGUUAUCUUCUACACGACAGACAGCUCGCAGCGUGAUCGAGACUGGGUGGUUGAAGGUGUCGUCGGGGAUAAGAUGACCACGACCAUCAAAGGCCUGACACCAGAUACCGCAUACUUCAUCAAAAUCCAGGCCAGAAAUAACAAAGGAUACGGCCCUUUCUCCAGCAUUAUUCAAUUCCGCACCAAUCCAAGCAACGGUAUGACUUAUCACGACGCUACUCCGGUUAGCAGAGAUAGUCGAGGCAUAUCCAGUAUGACUUUGUACAUCAUCCUGGGUAUCGCUACUGGUAUCAUAGUCAUCCUCCUGAUUGUCGUGCUGGUCGUUGUCUUCCGCCGCAGAGAUUCCGGAGUGACCAACUCUCCGGAUCGUUCCAAGAAAGGCUACGUCAAAGGGAACGUCAAAGGCGGUCCAGGCAAACUGGGCAAGGCUGACAACCCACCCGACUUGUGGAUCCAUCACGACCAGAUGGAGAUGAAAGGAUUAGACAAAUCCCUGCACCGUUCCGGCUCCGUCAACACGGUCUCACCUCUCAACAUGCGCCGAUCUCAAGACCUGGACUCCCUGGACGGCAUGGCCUCCGGAUCAACUGCCGGUCGUGGCCCCAGCACGGCAGCCAACGACUCGCUCGAUCGCCGGGCUGCUUACGUGACAGCUUAUGCAGGAAGUAGCAACUCACUCAGGCGUCCCAUUAAACCCAAGAGCCUUUUGAUUAGUGUCGCUACCACCACCCAACCUGUCCGCGAACCUGUGGCAACAGUGACACCGAUCCCCAACGGCAGUCUGAAUCAACACAGCGACUCCCGGCCCGUCUAUCCGGCGGCGCCCCGCCCUGGAAUUUACCCGUCGGCCGGACCUUCUGCUGGUGGCCGGGCUCACGUGACGGUGGACGUCAGCGCUCCGCCAUUAGAGCCGACUUAUGGCAGUCAGGGCAGCUAUGACAGCCGUUCCAGUCUCGUCCAUCCGCCGCCAGGUAAUAUGGCCAUGAUGGUGGGCCAACCGCCGUCUAUGGCACCUCCGUCGUCGGCUCUCAUGGCCGUCGCCGAUGCCAAACGCAACACUCAACUCGGUCAUCCGCUCAAGAGCUUCACGGUUCCGGCUCCGCCUCCGCAAUCGGCUCCGCCCGUCAAGAUCGUCUCGCCAAACAGCGGCAACAACCGCCAGUCGGUCAACCCCAUGACGGCGCAGUCGAGUCCCUACAAGAAGUCCCUGGCGAGCGGCCCAGUCACGUCACCUCCGCCUCUCCAUAAAACCAACAGCAGCGGAGGCGUCCGAUCUGGCGCCAACGACCUGAUCAAAUCGCCGGAGAAGAUCAUUCAAAGUUCGUACAGCACCGAGGAGCUCAACCAGGAGAUGGCCAAUUUGGAAGGUCUGAUGAAGGAUUUGAACGCCAUCACUGCCAACGAAUUCGGCUGCUAAAGAAAAAGAUAAUUCGUAGUAGUAACUCGCCAACACCAACAACAAACUGAAUUCAAUUUUUUCGUUUCUUUCUUCCUGUUACUGCCCCAUUUAGACGGUAAUCGAGUGGAAGAGAAAUAAGUCCAGGCCAGUCGGUUGAAUUCAUUUAAUUCAUCUGUCGAUUAUCUUCGUAUUUCUCGUAACUCUUUAAUUUUUACACUGCAGCUGUUUUUGUUUUUAAUUUGAAUGGUCGAUCCUGAUUUUUUUUUUGGAAGGCAACUAUUUGGUUAACUUUCAAGCAAGGGCUUUUUUUCCCAGCACAACCGAAGUGGCAUUUUUAUUUUUGAAAUGAUGCGCUCCAAUCAUAUCUCUCAUUUAUUUUUCACCUUUUUUUUUUGUUUUCAUGUUGAUUUUAGUUUAUAUGAACCAAUUGCGUUAUUAUUUCUUCAUCCUUCAUUCUUUUCUUGAUCAUUUUGAAAGUCCUCCAUCCAUCCUUUUCUUCGUUUGAAAAGGAAUUGAGAAAAGCAACAAAAAAAAAUUAUUUCGAAAAGAUUUUUACAAUCAUGUUCUAUGCUCAUUCAGGCUCGGAAGUCUUUUCGCGUGUGUCUUCGUUUUUGUUUUCAUUCGUGACUCCUCCCACACUGUAUGUUCUCCGGCCCCACCCCUUUUUAGAAAAAAAAACUUGAACAAAGAUGACCGGUAUAUAAUAAUUCUAAUGUCAUCGAUCGUCAAAGUCGAUGAUUUGAGAAGUUUUUAAAGAAAUCAGCAAAAGAAAAGAAGUAAAACAAUUAUUUAAAGGAGUCGAUCGAUUUACUUUUUUUGGUAAAAAGUAAAUGUCCUUCGAAAAGUAUUUUCUCUCCUCGAAUGAAGAUAACAAAAAUCGUAAUUCUUGUGUGCAGCUUUUGUAACGAGCGCGUGAAUGAAUGUGUCACAAGUUUGAACUCGAUUGUGUGUCCCAUUUUGUUUUUCCUCCCCGUUGUUUUUUCAUCUUGUUUCAAUUUUCUGGAGCGCUUGUGUGUCCUCUUUUUAAUUUGUAAGAUGUUAAACAUAAGAGUAUAUGAUGAUGUGCGAGUGACUGAAUCCACCCCCCCCCCCCCUUUCCCGAAUUGACCUAAAGAUUGUGUGGUGUGUCGAAUUGGGUGUCGUGUAAUAUAACUCAGUGUCCGCUUUUUAAACAA